UUUCGUCCGACCGGGAACGAUGCUGGUGGUGUGCAACGUCUUUGGAACAUAUCUGCCCUUGAUUUUGGCGUGUGUGGUGUAUGUUCCGACUUUAUGCCGGCGUCGCCAUCGAAUCACGACUGGAAUUAGCCCGGUGGUUACUAAAUCGUACCGGACAAAGCAGCGAUUGACCGUUAUGCUGUUUGUACUGACACUGGUGCAUGCGAUCUGUUUUGCCAGUGUCCCGAUAAUGAACUCCUUCUUCCCAGAACUGUAUAUAAAAGAUCCCAUGGCGCGGUUAUGGUGGCGGCAGUUUUUGUCGUUGGGAUACUUGUCCACACCGGUUUUGUUUUUCGCUGUUAACCGGGGUUUCCGGAAAGGGAUUACGGGAAUAUUCCUACGGAAACUUCGCCUGAAUUCUGUUGCUACUGUCACCAAUAUCGCCGGCAAUACGUUUCACUAAGUGUUGUGUCAAGUUGACAAGGAUCGUGGGAUUAC